AUGCGGAGAGAAUUCCUCGCUAGUACUCGACCCUUGAUGCAAUGUCAGAUUAACAUACAGUCUGCUGAAGAUAGCCUUGCCGAUUCAUGUGAACAUGUACUAAACUGCAAGACGCUCUUGGGCGACGAUGUCGAAAUAGAAGUUGCCAAGAAGUCAGGACCAGACCCGGUGUAUGAAUUCCACAGCGAGGACGAAUUAAGAAGCGAAAUUCGGGCAUAUCGUAUCAGGCUUCGGGAGAAUUUGGCACAUUAUUUCCCACAAAAACCAAACAUGGAAUUCUUGGUUAAAUACUUUUUGCAUCCACUCCAUAAAAAUUUAGAAAUCCUGAAUUUCACAGUAGAGAAUAGAGUCAAAAUCUUUAUUGAGAUCAAACAUGAGAUCACCGAAAGUCUGGAGAAACACCUCGCAACGAAGGCGGCGGCGACAGACACAUCGUCUACGGGAUCAAGCGUGUCGACCGAGCCAUGUACACCGGUGCAGAUUAAUAGCAGCGCGAAACGAACAGCGGAAGAUCCAUGUGAUAGCGCAAUACUCGUCGAUUUCAACAAAUUAUCCCUUUUGAGCAAAAAGAGGCGACGUCUGCAAAAGAAGCAGCAGGUGGCGAUGAGCCUGCACGAAGGAUCGUCGCAUCUUGAGUCUAGUACUGCUGCAUUCCAGGUCAAGGUUAGGCGUGAGCUCAGCGCCUGGGAGGCUUUGCCGUGUCUUGAGCCUGAGGAUGUGAUUGUGCACGUGGGUAGAGAUUUGGCAACCAAAUCUGUAUCGAAGUGA